AGAAUAAUAAUCAAAAAGGAUCUAAUAUACAUUAUGUAGAUCUUACCAAUAAAGCAUCAAAUGAUGAGAGUGACUAUCUGAUGAUUGAAUUAGUAAAUAAUAAGGAUAUAGAUCUGGCUGAG